AGGCGGGCCGGUGGGCGGCGGGGCGCGCUGGGCUGGCAGCCGGGCGCCUGGCAGGGCUCGCUCGCAAGCGGGGCUCGUGGGCUGGGAGCGGAGCUUUGCAAAGAGUCCCGACCGAGCCCAGGUGGCCCGUCCAGCAGCAGCAGCAGCAGGAGGAGGAGGAAGGGACGGGGGAGGACGCAGCUUUCCUCCAACAAGAUUCCCGCCAUGCCUUUCUCCGUUUGGUUCAACCUGCUGCUUCUCUUUCCUGGCAUCGGCACGUCGAAGACCUGCUUCCCGGGGUGCCACUGUGAAGUGGAAAGUUUUGGUCUUUUCGACAGCUUCAGCCUAACCAAGGUGGACUGCAGUGGUAUCGGGUCCCAUAUUGUACCAGUCCCUAUUCCCUUGGACACCACCUACUUGGAUUUAUCGUCAAACAGACUGGAAUCCAUCAACGAGUCCUUGUUGACAGGCCCUGGCUACACCACGUUGGUCAGCCUUGACUUGAGCAACAAUAGAAUUUCAAAGAUCACUUCCACCACAUUCUCUAGACUCAGAUACCUUGAAUCUUUGGAUCUAAGUCACAACUCUUUGGUAACCCUACCAGAUGAAUGCUUCUCCAGAUCACCGCUGGGGGAUAUCGACCUGAGUAACAACCUUCUCCUGGAAAUAUCUAUGAACGUCUUUGCGUCAAAAGGUCAAGGGAAACCGAUCAAUGUGGAUCUUUCAAACAACUUAAUAAGCAUGGUUUUAAGGCACCAAGACAAAGCCAUUCCCAAUAUCCAGAGCUUGAGUCUGACGGGAAAUAGGCUAAAAGGUAUCCCAAAACUUCAAGGGAUACCUCUUCGGUAUUUAAACCUUGAUGGAAACCCAGUGUCAACAAUUGAGAAGCAUGCAUUCUCCGGGUUGAAGGAUUUAAUGCAUUUGUCACUCAGCGGUCUUCACGAUCUAUCAGUGAUUUCCCCAUACAGCUUCAAAGACUUGCCUGCCCUCCAGGUACUUGAUCUAUCUAACAACCCCAACCUGAAAUCCUUGGAGGCUGAAGUUUUUUACAGCUUAAAUUCUUUGCAAGAACUCAACCUAUCCGGCACAGGCGUGGCUGCUUCCUUAUCAAAAGCCAUGUUGAAAUACUUGCCUUCCAUCAAAAGCAUUACUUUGGGGAAGAAUGUCAAGUGUCUUAAGACAAUCCGUGAAGGCCAGUACCACAGACAGACGGGACUGACCAAGAAAGAAAUCCUAAGUUGUCACGACAGUCAAGGGUCAGUAGCAAUAGCACCCUAUACCUUGUGACAAGGGCCAAGGAGAAUGUACGAAUACCUGGACUAGAACAAAAAAGAAAAGUAUCCAAUGUGCCUUCUGUAAAAACUGUUAAUUUAUAUAUAUAUUUUGUAUAUUCCAAUCCUUGAUUACAAUGAUUGAUGAAGACA